AUGACGUGGGGAAAAGGGCUUGGAUGUGAUUUCGUGAAAAGGAGCUGUUUGUCGUGGAUGAAGAGUAAAAAUGGACCGUAUCCCUUCUGCACGCAGGAGGGUGACAUGACAUGCAAUGCGAAUCGCAAAUCAAAGGUUUACUGCAAUUUUAUCGAGGGAAUGACUAGCCCAUCUCUGUUUGAUUACAACAUACCAGGUCUUUAUACAAAUAGCAAAGGAAAAGCGACACAAGGCGCCGGUGGUGAAAUUACUGCCGACUACUGCCCAUAUUAU